AUUUUACUUGUAUAUUAUACUUAAACAUAUUUUAAGUUUGCCUUCAAUUUCCUGAGAAGUGUUUUUCUCCUUAACCAAAAUAAAAUAAUAUACAAUGAGUCUUGGAUCUGGGGAAACAAAAGUUCCGGCUCUUUCUGCUAGCAAGAGCAGGAACCUCAUCUCUCUUGUUCACUGUUAUUUUCCUGGAGCCUAGCAAUAGUGCAUGACACAAGUACUCGGAAAAGUAUUUGUUUAAUGAAUGAUUAAAUGAGCUGCCUUUUAAUGGCUUUUGUGAGUGUUUUUUUUAAGUUCACUUUUUAUGUUAAGCCAAGCAUUACUACCUUAUGAAUUAUAGCAGAAUGCUGAAGAGCAGGACUCUGUGGAAUUAAGUGCUUGAAUGACCCGCAUAGAGAGAAAUACAGUUUUUCUGUAGAGGGGUGUUGGUAGGGAAUGUCCCCUGGGUGUGCCAAACCCACUAAAACAUUCCCACCUUUUGCAUCUCCCCCAGGAGCACUCACUGUGGGCCUUGUGCGACAGUGUCAAACAAUCCAUGGACGAGACCGAACGUGCAUCCCACCUCGGCUUCCUCCGGAGUGGGUCACCACACUGUUUUUCAUCAUCAUGGGAAUCAUUUCAUUGACUGUCACAUGUGGCUUGCUAGUGGCUUCCCACUGGCGAAGAGAAGCUACCAAAUAUGCUCGAUGGAUAGCGUUCACUGGAAUGAUCCUUUUCUGUAUGGCUGCCCUAAUAUUUCCAAUAGGAUUUUACAUCAAUGAAGUCGGAGGUCAACCUUAUAAAUUACCCAACAACACAGUAGUUGGGUCAUCAUAUGUACUUUUUGUCUUAUCAAUUUUCUUUACAAUAGUAGGACUUCUAUUUGCUGGCAAAGUUUGUUUACCAGGCUGAUGAAUGUCUAAAUUGCUUGACUUUUUUAUUAUUUUUUAUUUUAUUUUAUUUUUAUUUUUGGAGGGCGGGGAGGACAAGGGCAAGCAUCUGAGUGGUCCUCGCUUAGGGAGAUGCUUAGAUGCAACUGAUGCUGGAAAGAAAAAGAAAAGGAAAAUGCUUUGAUUUGUUCUCACUAUGCACUUUGGAUUUUUAAAAAAUGAGAGCCUUUUCCAUAACCAAAUACAGACAAUAUUGACUAAACCACCUGAGCAUAUAUUCAGGCAGUCAGGUCUGCACUGUGAUAGCCACCUAGUGAAGGAGAAUGCUUUCUGCUGAAAAGCAUGUGGCCCUUUGUGACUGUUGUUCCGUUUUUAACGUCUAAUGAUUCAUUUGAGGGGGGGAAUAAUUCUAAGUAUUUAUGAAUCAUGGUGGACCAGAGGGAUGCAAGAGAAGUUCCUGUGGGGCUGGCCUCACCUCCUAAGAAAUUAGUGUUCACUGCUUCCUUGUAGUAGUAUGAGCCUUUGGCACCAGGAGGGAUUGCCGUUGCGUUACUGCACCAAGAAGCCAAUAGAUAAAACUUGUUUGCUAAAAUGUAUGUAAAAAUUCUGAAAUUCCCUAUUCUCUGUCUACAAAAAAAAAAAAAUCAAAC